CAAGCGCACUGCCUUGCUUGUGAUGGCGGAGAGAGGGCGGGUGAAUGAAUUCUCCCGGAGGACGAGGCAGGAAGAAGAAGGGACCGGCCCGAGAUCCGCCCGAAGGCAACAGCGACAGGCUCUCGCUGCACAAACGUAACCUCUACUACUUCUCCUACCCGCUGGUCGCUGUCUUCACCUUCCUGCGUUUCCUGGCCUUUCACCUCUGGCUCUUCUUUGCCUACGUCUGCCAGCGCCUGGCCGAGAUGGCAUCGCGCAAGAGCACCCCGACCGUGGCCACGGCCGAGCCCGAGCAGAUCCGCCAGUCCCACCGGCUGGCCUUCGAGUACAUCUCCACGGCUCUCGGCAUCGACGAAGACGAAAGAGGACAGAAGAAAAAAGCUGUGGAGUGGUACAAGAAAGGGAUUGCAGAACUCGAGCAUGGGAUUGCAGUCCAGAUCUCUGGAACAGGUGAGCAAGUUGAGCGAGCCAAGCGACUGCAGAGCAAAAUGACAACCAAUUUGAUCAUGGCUAAGGAUCGUCUAGAGCAGCUAGAAAGUGGAGCUGUUCCAAAGAAAAAGGAUCCUUUGACACACACAAGCAAUUCUCUGCCCCGUUCUAAGUGUCCAACGAAAGCUGCUUCGCCGGGACAGGGUGGUCAUCACAGGGCCCAGAGCUACAGUGGAAUCUCCAAUGUCACUGGUGCAUCCCGAGCACCUGCUCAACCCAGUACCUCAACUGCCAAGGCCACAAGUUCAAAGCAUAACAGACCGAACAAAUCCACAACCCCUGCUGGAACUCCCCAGAAGAAGAAAGACUUGAAAAAUUUCCGUAAUGUUGACAGCAAGUUGGCAAACCUAAUCCUGAAUGAAGUGGUGGACAGUGCACCAUCUGUCCGUUUUGAUGAUAUUGCUGGGCAGGAGCUGGCAAAGCAGGCCCUGCAGGAGAUCGUCAUUCUUCCGACUGUCAGGCCUGAAUUGUUCACAGGGCUAAGAGCUCCAGCUCGAGGAUUGCUUCUGUUUGGCCCACCUGGAAAUGGGAAAACAAUGUUGAUGCUGCCUGACCUGCUGCAAUCCUCCACCAUUUUGUGUGUCUUACUCUGGAUUUCCAGCAUCUGCAGAAUCUUUUGUGUUUCUGAUGCUAAAGCUGUGGCUUCUGAAUCCAAUGCAACAUUCUUCAAUAUCAGUGCUGCGAGCCUUACUUCCAAAUAUGUUGGGGAGGGUGAAAAGUUGGUGAGAGCUCUCUUUUCGGUCGCCAGAGAACUUCAGCCCUCCAUCAUUUUUAUUGAUGAAGUAGACAGCCUCCUUUGUGAGAGGAGAGAAGGAGAGCACGAUGCAAGCAGACGCUUAAAAACAGAAUUUUUAAUAGAAUUUGAUGGGGUACAGUCUGGUGGUGAUGAUAGAGUUCUAGUAAUGGGAGCAACAAAUAGGCCACAGGAACUAGAUGAUGCUGUGCUCAGACGCUUUAUAAAGAGGGUGUUUGUCUCGCUACCAAACAAGCAAACAAGAUUGUUGCUUCUUACAAACCUUCUGGGCAAACAUGGUAACCCACUGAAUCGAAAGGAUCUGGAGUAUCUGGCCAAGCAGACGGAAGGAUAUUCGGGAAGUGACCUGACUGCACUGGCAAAGGAUGCAGCACUGGGUCCAAUUCGAGAGCUCAAGCCGGAAGAAGUGAGGAGUAUGGCUGCUAGCGAGGUGAGAAAGAUCCGACUUUCUGACUUCGAGGAUUCAUUAAGGAAGAUAAAGCGCAGUGUUGGCCCUCAAACCCUUGAGGGCUACAAACGUUGGAACGAAGACUAUGGAGACACUGCUGUUAAUUCAUGACGGAUCAAACCAAUAUCCGGCUCCAAUCCUUGCUUUAAUGGACUUGGCUUGAUUGGGGAGCUAGCGGUAAACAACAUCCAAAGUUGUUUCAGCACAGGUUCUAACUGGAAUCAGGAACACAAAAGCUGACGGGAUAAGUUUACAUAACUGACUCUUUUCCAUGAUGUGCUGUAUCCUUUAAACCAAGUUUUCCGGGAGUCUUGUGCUCUGAAUUUCUGACCGCAUAACUGGCAGGCAAAGAAGAGUUUGUUUAGGAUCUAGAAAUACUCAAGUAUAUCAUCUGUAUAUUUUGUUUCUGAUGUAAAGAAGUUGGUCCCUGUUCAGAGUCUACUCAGUAGAAGCACAAUAGAAAGAAUCGUGCCUUAAGUUUGCAGUACACUUAUCUUCGGUCCUUUUGCUCUGAGAAGUAAUCAACUUUUUUAAAAAAGUGAAACGUUAACGUUAUUCAUCUAUUACAGGUAAUUAAAUCUGUUCAGUGCCAAAUACAUUACUAAUUGUGCACUAAUAAAGUGGUACCUUGUAAAAUAUUUUUGGUGCACAUCGGCUUUCAAGAGUUUCUCAUUUAUUUUGGGUAACUUGAUUUAUUUUUUGACCAUUCUACCACUAAUUAACUUGGCCUUGGUCUUUGGAUUUUUCAGCGCAAUGUUUAUCGGAUAGACUUGGUACGAAAGACUUGAACCUUGGAGGAAUAGUAAAAUUUUGCCUGUAGAAUUCAGCUCAGUAUGUCCCCCCACCCCCUAUAUUUUUUCCUUUAUUUGGCUGAAUCCUUUGAAAAUAUUGUUGUGGGGUGAGUAAUAUGCAAUUUCAUAAUGUUGAGGUAUCUGUGAUCAUUGGGCUGCCCAUUAAUUGUCUUCCGAAGCUCUUCGUAUCUUUUUGAUAUAACAUCUGAACUCUUUUAAAUUCUCUUCGCUUUCUUGUAUCCCUUUUUCUGGAUCCUGAGUUUAAUUUCCAUUAAUCUUCCAGGUUUUACUAUUAUUACUAGAAUUAUCUAUAGAAAUUUCCUUAGCUGUUGUACAGGUGAUUUGGUAGUCAUUCUCCAAGAAGUUCUGGAGAGAAUUUCCUGCUCAUAUCAUUUGCUAUUGUUACAGUUCACAGCAAGGAGGCAGAACAGGAUGAAGGGAUAUCAGAGUGUGUAUAUAUAAAAAAAAUAGGUUCCAGGAAAGUAAAUCAUCAGAGGCAGAAUGCUGUUGGCUACAAUCUCCAUUGAGGAAGCACUGGAUGAGGACACUCAGUAUGCUUAGAAUUAAAUAGCAACAGCUUUAUCAUUGACUCCUACGUGAACCAUAUUUAUACUGUUUUGUUGCUUGCCCAGAAGGUUGUAUAGCUACAUGUUAUCACCGUGUUCCUGAUCUUACAACAACCCAUGAGAUUUCUCUUAACGUUGACAGAAUGCUAUAUACUAAUGUUAUAUUUUGUUAAUUGUACAAAAUAAUUUUUAUAGAACACAGUGACUGUGCUUAAAACUUUUAAUUAUUUGUCGUUAAAUGCCCAUUAUGCAAAUUGCUUUUUUUUAAAAAGGAAGAAAUGAUCACCCUGGAAUUUCGGUUUAUAAUUUCCUUUCUCCAGUGACUGAAAGUGGGGACCGUUCAUUCCAAGCCUUUCUAUUUGAAUUCUAGUUGAGGGGAAGCCUGCUGUGUGUCUCUUUUGGGUGAGGUGGGCUCUUAGAGGGGUGGGUGUAGCCUGAUGAUCGAGAACUGAAGAAGGAGGUUUUAAGCAAUUCUUUGUACCGACUCUACCUCAUUGAAAGUUGUGCUGUGCUCAUGUUCCUGAUUGCUUACAGCUUUCUUAUGCGGUGCGCACUUAGUGGUUUUUUUGUCCUUGAGAUGCAUCUGAAUAAACUGAAUCGGCAGAGCUUUUAAUACCCUGUAACCAUUAGAAGGUCUUGUACUGCAGACUAUCCGAAUGCGAGACGUGUGUUGAAAGGCGAUGACUGCAGACAUGGAGUGGGAAUGAAGUGUCCUCGAAUUCAGCAAGCACUGAAAUAGUAAAAGGUCUGAACGUAAAUACUAGGUACCUUUGUUGUUCAGUGUGAUCUGUGCUUUGAAACUCUCUUCCAGGCUUUCUAGCUGUUUUCUGUGAAUCUAUACUGCCAAAACUCCUAUCAAUACGACCAUUAACUCAUGCAAAGUAAUUAAUUGAAGUGUGAAUUCUCUGACUUUGAUUACUUUUUAAAUGAUCCUUUAACAGAUUUUUACAUCAUUGCAUUGAACUUGAUGUGAGUAGACAGUUUAGUUACGCGCAUGGAUUAGACAGUGAUAUUGUUUUAUUCUAACACUCGUAACUCCAACACUGAUACUGCUGAAAAUGGUGUAGAGAAAGGUGAAAUGUCCCAAUUAGUAAAUAUUGUAUUUUUGAAACUUAUUUUUUUUUGUAUAGAUAUGCAUGAAUGAUUUAUUUUUUGUCUGUUUAUUAUGUCUAAUAUAUUGAUAAAUAAAUUUUUAAUUUGA